AUGAGAUUGUUGAUUCUGGGCGAGCUUAAAAAUCCUAGGCUGAUCUCCAAAAACCCUCCCAACAAGCCCAGCCUCAAGCACCCAUCUACACAUCUCAACUCCUUUAAUUUGAAUUCUUCUUCAUCUCACUGCUCUACCAAAAUUCUCCAAUGGCUCUCUCUUCUCCUUCUCUUCAGCGAGGGUGGGCUGGACUACUUGGGCAAUCCUAGCUUGAUCCAUACCCAGAGCAUUUUGGCCAUUUGGGCCUUCCAAGCUAUCUUGAUGGGCGCAAUUGAGGCGGGAGGCCCACCGGGUGAGGUGGUGGACCCGCUGUACCCGGGCGGGAGCUACCCGCUGGGGCUGGCGGAUGAUCCAGAGGCUUUCGCUGAGUUGAAGGUGAAGGAGAAAAAGAAUGGGAGACUGGCAAUGUUUUCCAUGUUUGGGUUCUUUGUGCCGGCGAUUGUGACAGGGAAGGGGCCCUUGGAGAACCUGGCAGACCACCUUGCAGACCCUGUUAAUAACAAUGCUUGGGCUUACGCCACCAACUUUGUAGCCGGGAAGUGAGCUUGAGAAUGAGUUUGUGAUUCCAUGAAGAGAUAUUCCCGUCAUGUAAUGUUGAUUUGUGGGUUGGUUUGUUGAUGUACGUUGGUCUUCAGUCUCCACCUAGACAAUGCUUCCUUCGAGGAUGCAUUCAAAACUUCCGCCGAGGCCAUUGAGGCCUUAUUAUCAGUGGAGGCACUUUUUCCAUGACAUUUCAAUAGAAAUAAAUUUAAAAUAUUUAUAAUUUUAAA